AUGUCUUCACUUGGUCUGAUGGAAGGUAAUCAUCUAGCCUUUGUAGUUCCCCAGUUGUUCUCUACCUCUAAUGCAUUGCAUAGCAACUCUCAUUACUCACCACACUCUCAUCGUGGUCUGACAACCCAUCUCAUCCGCCAAGGGACCUUGACAAUCACGUAUCCCGAAGACAAUGCCAGAUUGCACAAUGGGGAGGUGAAGAAGGAGACGUUCGGGGUGGGCGCUCGAGUGGAUGUCCCCGCUGGGAAGCUUCAUGAGGUUUGGAUUGGGCCGGAGGGAUGCGAGUAUGUGAUUGGGGAAUGA